AAAGUGUUAGAGAAGAACAAAAGCUACAAAAUAUCUUAAAUUAUCCAAGUUGCUAAAACGCAAAAUCAGAAGCGAUAAAAUCAAUCACGUUAUCCACAUAGACCAAUUCUUAGCCAUGCCAACAAGACCAAGAAAAAGUUCUCUUCCCCAACAAUGUCUUAAGUAACACCUCAUUUGGCAUGCAACAUCACCAUGGCUUUAAGUUCACUUUUUUGCUCCAUUAGUUUCAUUCCCACAUCGAUUCUUACUUCAACUAGAAACACACUUUCUCUACACACUUGUUUUCCUUCUGCUAGUUGUAACAUACCACACAAGCAAUGCAAGAGAGACUUUCCACUCCCUUUAGUGGCUUCCGUUCCUUACCAACCCAUCAACUUUGAUUACUUGGAAGAAGAAUUCAGUGGACAUGGAGUCACCUUUGAAGCAGUUGGUGACAAUUGCAUUGCAAAAAUGGAGUUGAAAAAUGGAAGCAUUGCGACCAUGAUGCUUCCAAGUGGGUUGAUCACUUCCUACAAGACUCCUAUGUGGCAUGGAGGCAAAGUGGAGUUGCUCCACACUGCUGUGUCAGAGGGAGAAUAUGGUGAUGCCAUUAUUCAAGGAGGGGUGUCUUUAAACUUCAAGUUUCAAACUGAUGAUGGUGAACUUUCUUUCUCCCCAACUAAUUGGGUUCUGCAUAAGAUUAAUGGCAAUCCAAAGGAAUCCAUCAAGGUAGAAUUAAUAAACAGAUCAUCAGACGACAAGAUUGGAUUAAAAUACAUAGUGACUUUGGAAGAAGAUGCCUUAAGCUCGGAGCUUGAAAUCUCAAACUCAAAGUCUUUGGCCCUUCACAUGACAGGGUCCAUUCUGAGCCAUCUGACAGUAAGCUCACCAGAAGCAACUUAUGCAAUAGGAUUAGAAAGAUCAAAUUACUGCAGUAAGCCCCCUUUGGAAUCAGAAUUUAUGUUGAGUCCUGCAAAUUCAAGCCAGGAAGAAGGCUUUGGGAAAAUAUGGAAUUCAGCUACUGAGAAAAUUUUUCCAACUUGGAGUACUAAAAGUCAGAAUAAUGGAGCAGAAGGAAGGCAAAGAAAUUUUGAAGAAAUGGAUGAGGAAAUGGACAACUACAAGAAGUUAUGUGAUAAUAUAAGUCUUGUAUACACAGAUGCACCUCGAAGUUUCACAGUGAUUGACAGGGGUAGAAGAAACUCCGUGUCAAUUGGAAGAAAUGGAUUUGAUGAAAUGUACCUUUUCAGUCCUGGCUCACGAGUUGAAAUUUACAGCAAGUAUUCUUACAUAUGUGUUGGCCAAGCUGCUAUCCUCAAACCAAUAAUACUAAGUCCUCAAGAUGUAUGGAGAGGUGGACAAUAUUUACAUAAUCCAAAUCUAUAAUAAAUUGCCUAAGUUUCUCUUUGUGAUUAUCUUAAGCAAAUUCACUGGAUAGCAGAGACAAAAUGUAUGCCUUGUGUGUAAAAUUUAGGUUUGUCCUUUUCAAUUUUUAUUUGAUACAAGAGCCUUAACAAGUUGAUGAAUCCAGAACAAUAUAGUUUCAAAAAUAAUCAAAAGAAACUAUUUAAUGUGGUAAAGGUUCAUUUAAUUUUGGAAAAGGAUAAACAAAAGAAAUUAUGUUGAAAACAAUCUUGAUGUUAUCGUCAACAUAAUUUGCUAUUCUAUUGAAAACACUACUAUAUUUAAAGAAGUUGCUAUUU